GUCAUUUUACAUAUACCCAUGCUGGGUGAGAGAAAUAUCUUGGCAAAAGACUUUGUUCAGGUCGAUUUCUGGCGCGGUCCUUCAAGGCCUAAUCUGCCUGUGGAUAUAAGAGUUCCCAAUGCCGCUUUACAGCAAGUGAAGGUGUUUCUGGAAUCUAACAGCAUUGACUAUUCCAUCAUGAUAGAGGAUGUUCAGGAAUUACUGGACCAGGAGCAUCAGGAUAUACAGUCUGCGACGAUCCGUGAGAGAAUUACUGUCAGCUUUAGUUAUUCCACCUACCACACUAUAGAGGAGAUUUACAGCUGGAUAGAUAGUUUACUGAUGGAGUAUCCAAAACUGGUCAGCAGGAUUGAUAUUGGUCAGAGCUAUGAAGGUCGUCCAAUAUAUGCUUUGAAGUUCAGUACAGGUGGAAACAAACCAGCUAUAUGGAUCGACACAGGAAUUCAUUCUCGCGAGUGGAUUACCCAGGCCACAGGUGUAUGGACAGCUAAAAAGAUUGCAAGUAGCUAUGGUGUUGACUCAUCACUUACUGAUAUCCUGGACAACCUGGACAUAAUUCUGGAGAUUGUUACUAACCCUGAUGGUUAUGCAUACACCCAUAGUACGAAUCGCAUGUGGAGGAAGACCAGGUCAAUCAAUGCGGGCUCUACUUGUGUUGGUGUGGACCCCAACAGGAAUUGGAAUGCAGGUUUCGGAGGCACUGGUUCCAGCAGUAAUCCAUGUUCUGAGACAUACCAUGGAGCACAUCCCCACUCUGAGCCCGAAGUUUACUCUGUUGUGGAUUUUAUUUUGGCUCAUGGCAAUGUGAAGGCUAUGCUUAGCAUACACAGCUACUCGCAGAUGCUUCUUUUCCCUUAUGGCUACACUAAUGAUCUUGCACCUGACCACGAGGAGUUGACGGAAUUGGCUAAGCAAACAGCUAAUGCUCUGGCGUCUUUACAUGGAACUCAAUAUACCUAUGGAACCACUAUUGCCACCAUUUAUCGAGCGGAUGGUACAGCAACUGACUGGGCUUAUAAUAAUGGCAUAAAGUAUUCCUACACCUUUGAGUUGAGAGACACUGGAAGAUAUGGUUUCAUCCUUCCAGCAGAUCAGAUCAUACCCACAGCAGAAGAGACUUGGCUGGCACUCAUGACAGUUAUGGAACAUGUCAAAAAUCACCCAUAUUAA